AAUUUAGUGAUAACCGAAAUUUAAGCAUACAGUUCUUCAAAUCUGUCGUCUCUAUAUUUACAGAAAAUGGACCAGCCUCUAAAAUCCAAGCCAGUAUUAGGUUUCUUUAGUGAAUGCGAUGAUUUAAAUAGUCAGAGUUCGUCUGAUGAUGAAAAUCAAUCGACAACUUCUGUGAAACAAAUUGACAUAGAGAAAAAGAAGGGUAACGAUAAUAGGCUUCCCCCACCGACUGAGCUCUUCUCUAAUGUUAAAGCACCUUCAUUCUUAAGAGAAUCAGCUAAGAAAUCUGUAGACUGGGAUAAUUUAAGCAGGUGUAUAAUAAAACAAAAAGAGGGUAUUGAAAUAACAUCAAAAGCUUCUCUUAACAACAUGCCGCCACCAAAAAGUUAUUCCUCGGAGACUGGAAAAUUAAAACCUACUUUAGGAGACAAUUCUACUCAGCAAAAAAGAAGACCUGAAACAAUUAUCGAUGAUGAUUUAGAAGUGAAAAGAAAACGCAAGAGAGAUUCUGACUGA